CAAGAGAGAUAGAGAGAGCGAGCGAGCGAGGCGUACAGAUAAACAGAUGAAGAAUCUAAUCUAACUAUUUUCUUUUCCUGAGCUAUAAAUUUCUGUCUCCAUUGAAUUGAACAAUUUGUCGGAUGAACAGAUGUUGGAGUAUUCAGAUUCGCUCUCAUUUCCUUCUGAGCCUCCUCACAUCGGCAACUGGUUUUCGAGCUAUGUGCACGAGUCUCCAGUGCUGAGUAGCAUUGAUGAUUUGGAGUGUGAACCUGGAGAGGAAAAAACCAGUGAAGAGAAGUUUGUUAAAAGCAGGGCUUUUGGAAGAGAGAUCUGUUUGCCUUCUGGUGAUCAUGCAGCUCCAAAUGAAGACAAAUGCGCUAUUGAGUUUCUGAGAUCAUCAGAGUACCCUGACCUUUCUUAUGAGCCUUCAGAUGUCAAUGACAGUUUCUCUAGCUAUGUACCUGAAACUCCAAUGUCUGAUGAAGAUGGUGAUCUCAGUAUCCCAGGAUCAAACAACAUAACUGAUUUGAAAGACAAUGGUAACUCCAGAGGAUUCAUUUGUGAAAGCAUCAAAGGGAAAGCAGAAAGCUUUUCUGAAGAUAUUAGACAGGGAACAACAGAUGGUUACCUUUCAAAAGGCCUUGUUAGGUGUAAUGCCUCUGUUGAAGCUAACUGUGCAAAUCAGGUUAUAAGAUCUUCAGAUUACCUUUCGCCUUCUCCUGAACCCCCAGAUAUCAAUGACUGCUUUGAUAGCUAUGUCCCUGAAACUCAAGAAUUUGAUGCAAGUAAUGAUUGCAGAGCCCCAGAAUCAAAUGAUAAUGAACUCAAUGACCAUGAUGGUCAGAGAUGGUCCAGUUCUAGUCUGGGAAAAGAAGAAAAAGAUGUGAAAUGUACUAGAAACGGAAUGAAGGAAAAAAGUGCUGUGCAACUGUUAGAAGGCCUUGCUAAGUUCACAUCCAAGGAAAAUUACAAAAAUGUAUGUCAGAAUUCACCAUCUACUGACGACAUUGCACUUUCUUCAGAGCCCCCAGACAUUAAGAACUGGUUCUCCAGCUAUGCAUAUGAAACUCCAACAUUAGACAGUGGUGAUGGAUUCAGCAUUCUCAAAUAUGAAGAAAGUGAAUUCGACAUUGAAGAACGCAGCCGUGCUGGCCAAAAGGAACUGCAUAACUUAGGUUCUAGGAAAGCUGUAUUAUUUGCCAAUGAUAGUAACACUUAUCAGCCUUCCCCUAAGAGGGGCCAUGACUUGGCUGGAAACAAAAACUUAUUUUCUCAGGAAAACACUGAUAAGAAGAAGAUGCAGAUCCUUGAUUAUAACUCAACUGAAGAUUUUGUGACCUCAUUAGAUGGAAAAAGCUCUGCUGAGAAGCUGGACAAAACAUUCUCUGAAAUGGAUGGUCUUAGGUUGUCAAAUACCAACAUUCCUUCACCUAAUAAACACGAAACUCCAUCUUUGAUUCAAAGGUGGGAUUCUGCAGAACAAAACCUAGUAUUAUCUAAAGACAGCAUGAAAACUACAGAUGCUUUACUGCCCAUAUAUAGUUUAAAUACGAGUACGGUGACUAGACAGUCAUCCCAAAUGGAGCCUGGGGGAAGAAUCUGCAAAGAAAACGAUGGAAAUCGCUCUGCAGAUAAUGGUUUCAUUUCAACAAGAAAGAUCAGAAGUAGGAAACUGCAUGAUGAAAAUUCUCUUGUGAAGCCUGGUGGGGUUGAUUGGUCUGGCUCUCUAAGAAAUGAGACCAAGUAUAGACCAAUCUAUGAUAAGGAUACUGCUGCAAGAAGGGUUUUCUUAGACACCACUAACAUUCAGCAGAGUCAACCACCUGAUGGAUCACAGAUUACAGGUAAAUGGAGGUGUCCCCAGAAGCGUAAGCCACAUCUAGGUCCUCCUUUGAAGCAGCUUCGGCUAGAGCAAUGGAUUAGGAGAGUAUGAAAAGUAGUAUAUGCUUGAACAGAGAUUUGGAUAUGAAGGGCAACAACUCAUGUAGUCAUGUAUUGGACUUCUCUGAAGAAAGUCAAAAGCAUAUUCGUCUCAUUUGUAUUGUGUUUAAAUCUUAAUACUUUCAAUUUCACCUCCAUUGCGCUUAAUCCUUCUGCUUGUAGAUUCUUAAACAAUACAAGCUGUUUAAUAAGUCGGUUUGCUUUGUUUAUUAA